GGAUCAUUCUCCUGGAUUUCCUGGCGCUUCCUCCUCCUCCUGCCCUUUAGUUACAUUGUAUCUCCCUUACUGAAAGGAGCGAGGGAUCUAGGAUUCAACUCAAGGGGGAAAAAAAGAAGAAGAAAUACAUGUGAAAAUGGACGUGCCGAGAUGUUGGAUUUAUCGUCCUGGAAUUUAAGAAAUACCUAUUUGAGCUUUGAGAUUUAGAUCAUGCGAAGCCAAUUUCAGGGCAGUGUUUCUAUUUCUGAACGGGAUCUUUAGGAGUGUGAUGGCUGUUGGCCUUCCAUUUCUCUAGUUGCUGGAUGUGUUGGAAAGUGCACUGCUUUGGGAGCAUUUUUGGAAUUCCGUACACAAAUCCAGAGGCAUUUCUACCUUUCUCUAUGGAAUGUACAUAAGUAUUCUCAGGAUAGGGGUUCGCGUGUGGGGGCAAAAUGUGGGUGACUGGGAAGUUGACAUCAAUACGUUGAGGCUACUGUUCUCCUUCUCCCCACACCCUGGCAGUCUGAGGAAUCAGACGUUACUGUGACAAACCUUGGCCGCUCGAACUAAAAUGUCCCUAAGUGGUGGCACUGCAGGCGGGAAAGGUGUGGACUCGAAUGCGGUGGACACUUACGACAGCGGUGAUGAGUGGGAUAUCGGGGUUGGAAAUCUGAUUAUCGACCUUGACGCUGACCUAGAGAAGGACAAACUCGAGAUGUCUGGCACCAAGGACGGAGGAGGAAUGGCAGCUCCACCUAGCGCAGUAGCGGCUCUGCCAGACAAUAUCAAGUUUGUGAGCCCGGUGAGCGCCCCUCAGGGCAAAGAGAGCAAAUCGAAAUCAAAACGCAACAAAAAUUCUAAAGACAAUAGCAGCAAGUCUCCAGCUGCAGAUGGAGCAAAAAAGGACCAUCAGGGACGGACCCAAGGGGAGGUUACAGGUGCGACAGGCAGUUCAGGAGGCGGUAACUCCGCUCCUGGUAAAGGUGUUGAGAAGGGCACCAAGGCCUCACGCGGUGUGCAGAACAGCAAAAAGGAGAAGGAAGUAUCGAGUGGGAAAAACAAGAAAGAAAAAAGCGAAAGCGGACCAGUUGCAGUCGUGGCAAUUGAGAAGGAGAUAGCAUCAAAUGCUCAGGCGUUCGGAAGCACACGCAACUCGACCUUUGACAAUACACAAAAUGCAGACAUGGCUGUGACAGAGCAACUUGGGAAUAACGCUCUGGAAAAUGUUGAAAUUGUCACUCCGUUGGCUAUUAAAUCAGAGCCAGAGGAGCUUGACGGGGAAUGCAGAGCUUUGAAGAAGGUGAAAAAUGAAAAGAUGGAGUCUCCGGCCUCCACCCCGGCCCCUCCGCCGCUUCACCUGCUUGCCUCUAUAGGAAACAGUGACAUCGCUUCACCUUGUGAGCAGCUUAUGGUGCGAACACGCUCGGUGGCUGUCAACACAUCUGAUGUGGCCCUGUCCACUGAGCCGGAGUGUCUGGGACCCUGUGAGCCAGGCACCAGCGUCAACCUGGAGGGCAUUGUGUGGCAAGAAACUGAGGACGGUAUGCUGGUGGUCAAUGUUACUUGGCGGAACAAAACGUAUGUUGGAACACUUUUGGAUUGUACCCGUCACGACUGGGCUCCUCCAAGGUUCUGCGAGUCUCCCACAAGUGACCUAGAAAUGAGAAAUGGACGUGGCCGUGGUAAAAGAAUGCGGCCAAAUAGCAACACCCCAGUCAAUGAGAACAGCAACUCGUCUGAUAAUAAGGGCAGCAACAACAGCAAGACCAGAGCAAGUUCCAACAGCAAGGGUCGGCGUGUAAACCAAAACUCCUCUGAGCACAGGACUCCGCCCAAUAGCAACACAGAGGAUAUAAAAGCCAGCCCCUCUUCAGCCAGUAAGCGCAAAAACAAACCUGUAUCAGACAUGGAGCCCAACUCUAGCUCUGAGGAUUCUAAAGGCAACAAGCGUAUGCGCACAAAUUCAAAUGGUGGAGUGACCUCCUGUGCACUCCCAAUUCCCAUCAUCAAAACUGAGUCCCUUCCUCCUCCUUUAGACCGAACCUGUCCCUCACCUGUACUGAUUGACUGCCCACAUCCCAAUUGUAACAAAAAGUACAAGCACAUCAAUGGCCUGAAGUACCAUCAGGCUCGUGCUCAUAAUGAUGACGAUAUUAAAUUGGACAUGGACGGGGACAGCGAAUAUGGGGAAGAAUCCUCUCUUCACCCAGAGCCAGGAAGUUGCAAUGGAGCUUCGAUUACACAGAAAGGCGCUCUCUCCCCAGCACGUUCUGUCACACCUAAAGGAAGAGGUUUUGAUGCUCAGAGUCCAUCUCCUUCUCCUGGGAAGUUUGGUUCCAAGGCAAAGAAAAAGAAUGGUGAUACUGAAGCAGACAUUUGUGGCACACCUAUGGAGGGUUGUGAUGACGGGCCUUGUGUCACUGCUGAUGAGGCUAGCAAUGAUGGCAUGGAGGACAGGAAGUCCAAAAAAUCAAGCAGCAAUGUUAAGUCUGACAAGCUGUCUCAGAAAAACAUGAAGCCUUCCAGACCCAUGGCUCCAUGCCUUCCUUCUCAGCAAAUGUACUCUUUGCAGCCGACAUCAUUUAGUGGUGGAAGCCCCAGCCAUCCUCCAGGGUUGGCCAACAUGUUGCAGGGCAUCCCCAAGAGCCCCCAGCUGAAAGGCAUUCAGUCUAAGUUGGGUGUAACUGGGGACUCAUCGCCAAUGAAUCCUGCUUUGAGCAGUUCCAAGGACAAAAAGAAAAAAGACAAGAAAAAGAAAGAUUUGGGCAAGGAUGCAGACAGUCCCAAGCUCCCAGGAAAGAGUGGGAAAACUGAAGAGGGGAAAAGCCCAUACUCUGAGUCCUCCGACCCAGGAAGCAGGAGUGAGGGUAAUCUCAAUGGCUCCUCAGACCCUCAUCAAAGCCGCCUUGCUAGCAUGAAGGCAGAGGCGGAUAAGAUAUACAGCUUCACGGAUAAUGCUCCCAGUCCAUCCAUUGGGGUGGCCAGUCGUGUGGAUAGCAGCGGACAGCCUCUCACUCCCCUUCAUGCCGUCACCCAGAAUGGGGCAGAUAGUUCCUCGGUAAAGACAAACAGCCCUGCAUACUCUGACAUAUCUGAUGCCGGGGAGGAUGGUGAAGGCAAAAUGGAAGGGGUCAAAGGUAAAGCGGAAGAUCAGUCAGCCAGGGACGGUGCGAAGAAGGCACUAUUUCCCUCUCAGGCAUCCUCUAAGGAUUCUACGUAUUAUGCUAGCUAUGACAACUACUACUCUCCCAGCUACACCCACUCUAGCCCCGGUGGAACUACUUCUGGUGGGCCAUUGCCAGACGGGCAAGCUGUGAAACUGAAGAAGGAAGAUGAGCAAGAAUUGCCAGAGGAGAAGAUAAAGGUGGACGUGCAGGAUGAGCGAAAAGUUGAGGUCCCUUCAAGUCAGCCACACCAGCAGCAAGCCUCUGUCAUACAGCAGCGCUCAAAUAUGUACAUGCAGCCUCUCUAUUACAACCAAUACUAUGUUCCCCCAUAUGGAUACCCAGAUCAGGUUUAUCACAACCACCUCAUGAACACUAAUCCAGGCUACAGGCAGCAGUAUGAGGAAAGGCAAAGACUCAUGUCUGAGCAGCAGAGGUCUGCUGAGAAAAGGCCUGAUUCAGGUGUAAAGGACAGGGAGGCCUCUCUGAAGGAGGACUGGAAACAGAAGGGCCCUGUUCCUCCUGGCCUAACAAAAGCCCCAAGCCUUUCAGACCUGGGAAAGCCACAGGCCCCUGGCAAGCAGAGAGACACUUCCUCUGAACCUGCCAAGUCAGUCAUCAUCCCUAAAGGGGAGGAGGCUAAGCUGCAGCCACAGCAGGCUGAAGGGCUUAAAAUUAAGCUCAGUGAAGCUGGCCAUCAUGGAAAGGAUGACUCAAAGGCAAAUGUGGAGUCUGCCAGGCUGGGUAUGGAGCAAGCCAUGUGGUACAGACAGUACCCUGACGGUCAGAGACCGCCAGAUGAGGAAAGAGACCGGGAGCGGGACAGAAAAGGCAAAGAUGAGAGGCCUAGGCAGAGAGACUGCAGCUCCAAAGAAGAUAGUAAAGAUGGAAAUGAUGGUUCAUGUCUUCUCAACACUGAGGACCAGCGAAGUGGAGGGAAAGAUUCCCGGCCCAGUGCCCAUAUACCUUUCAGCUCCCCCUUACCACAGCACCAACCCUACCUACAUUACAUGCAUGGAUAUCCUUUUGGGCAAAGCUACGAUCCAGGCCAUCCUGGAUACAGAGGCAUGUCCUCUGUCAUGAACUACCCAGGGUCCUAUCUGCCAGCGGGAUACCCUUUCUCCCCUUACGGCAGUAAAAUGGGCAGUGGAGAAGAGGGAGAGAAAUCUCGCUCCAGCCCCACAGUCAGCAGCAAGUCGGCUUCAGAGUCCAAAGCUUUGGACAUACUACACCAACAUGCCAACCAGUACAAGAGCAAAUCGCCCACUGUUGCCGAAAAGCCCUCCCAUGAAAGGGAGCGAGGAGGAGGUGACCGAGAACGGGAGAGAGAAUUAGAUCGACCGCGUUCAUCUCCUUCCCAACGCAUUAUGCCACCCCACCACCACCUAGGCUAUCCCCUUGUAGCCGGGCAGUAUGAUCUGUCUUAUGCCACAGGCCUUUCAUCGUCAGCGAUUGUUGCCAGUCAGCAAGCCUCAGCCUCUUCCCUGUACCCACCAGCACGGAGGUGAGAAUGGGAAACCUGAUGAUAUCGCCCUUCUUUACAAAUAAUCAUGUGACUGGAUCACAUGAGGAGGUAUAUAAAGUUCAUUUAGACAUCAGUUGAAUGGUGUUUCUAUAUUUUUAGUUUUUCUGCCGGAAUGUGUGGCAGAUUGAUGUUUUCCUAGUAUCUGUACCUCGUACCCCACUACAGACUGUGAGACCAGGUUCAAAGCCAUCCUGCCCUGCUCAAAGCCCAGCUGGCCACUGAACUGUGCCUGUGAACUGGUGAGGGAUGAUUGAAAAGCAAGGACUGUCAUUCCACUCACCCGAUGCAGGCUGUGGCCAGACAAGAGGCAAGGACUCGAGGGGACAUAAGAACGCAAAGACUGAAAAUAGUUUUAUCACACUGAGAUAACUAAAGUUGUUUCCCUUUUUUAUUUUAGUUGGCAUCCUCACUGAAAAAAAAAAGAAAAGAAAAUAUCCGUUUGACCCACGGUUUUUGAAUUGCUGUUCUCUAGAUACCACCAGUGAAAGCUGCAGAUAUUAUCUAGCAACUCUUGUCUUUCUGCCAGUGGUUCCUAAACAGUUCUCAUCGUCACAUGCCACAAGACUGCUGUUUCUUUCUCAUGAUUUUUAUUUUCCAAGUCUCUUUUCUCUUUCAUCAGCAUGGUUCCAUGUCACGAGAAUGACAUCAAUGUUUUAUUUUAAAGUUUUUUUGUUUUUUUUUUACUUUUUUCAAAA